AUGUUUAAAUCUCUGUGCAUGUUAAUAGGAUCCUGCCUAUUGAGUUCAGUCUUGGCAGCAGAUUUCCCCACUAUAGAAGUAACUGGAAACAAAUUUUUCUACUCCAACAAUGGAUCCCAAUUCUACAUCAAGGGUGUUGCGUACCAAAAGGACACAUCUGGGCUCUCUUCAGACGCCACUUUCGUUGAUCCUUUAGCUGACAAGAGUACCUGUGAGAGAGAUAUUCCAUACUUGGAAGAACUUGGAACCAACGUCAUCCGUGUUUAUGCUGUCGAUGCAGACGCCGAUCACGAUGAUUGUAUGCAAAUGUUGCAAGAUGCCGGUAUAUAUGUCAUUGCCGACCUUUCCCAGCCAAACAACUCUAUCAUUACUACUGAUCCUGAAUGGACUGUUGAUCUUUACGACGGUUACACUGCUGUGCUUGACAAUUUGCAAAAAUAUGACAACAUUCUUGGAUUCUUUGCCGGCAAUGAAGUUAUCACCAACAAGUCCAAUACUGACACAGCUCCAUUCGUUAAGGCUGCGAUCCGUGAUAUGAAAACUUACAUGGAAGACAAGGGUUAUAGAUCGAUCCCUGUGGGAUAUUCUGCUAACGAUGACGAACUUACCAGGGUUGCCUCGGCCGACUACUUUGCUUGUGGAGACUCCGAUGUUAAAGCCGACUUCUAUGGUAUCAACAUGUACGAAUGGUGUGGAAAGGCUACUUUUUCCAACUCUGGAUAUAAGGACAGAACCGCAGAGUUCAAAAACUUGUCUAUUCCCGUUUUCUUCUCUGAGUAUGGUUGUAACGAAGUUCAACCACGUCUGUUCACUGAAGUUCAAUCCCUUUACGGUGACGACAUGACAGAUGUCUGGUCUGGAGGUAUUGUCUACAUGUACUUUGAAGAGACUAACAACUACGGUUUAGUCACCAUCAAGUCAGAUGGAGAUGUUUCUACCUUGGAAGAUUUCAACAAUCUCAAAACUGAAUUGGCCAGCAUUUCUCCAUCAAUCGCUACCCAGUCGGAAGUUUCUGCUACUGCUACCGAAAUUGACUGUCCUGCUACUGGAAGCAACUGGAAGGCCUCUACUGAUCUGCCACCAGUCCCAGAACAGGCUGCUUGCCAGUGCAUGGCUGAUGCGCUAUCCUGCGUUGUGUCUGAAGAUGUCGACACUGAUGAUUACUCUGACCUAUUUAGCUACGUCUGUGAGAAUGUCUCCAGUUGUGACGGUGUCAGUGCGGAUUCAGAAUCCGGAGAGUAUGGUUCUUACUCUUUCUGCUCAUCCAAAGAAAAGCUAUCGUUCCUGCUCAACCUUUACUACUCUGAGAAUGGGGCCAAGAGCUCGGCCUGUGACUUCAGUGGGUCUGCUACCUUAGUCUCGGGUACAACUGCAUCCGAAUGCUCCUCUAUCCUUAGCGCUGCAGGAACCGCUGGAACAGGAUCCAUUACUGGUAUCACUGGAUCGGUUGAAGCUGCCACCCAGAGCGGAUCCAAUUCUGGAUCUUCAAAGUCCAGCUCCGCUUCUCAAUCUAGUUCAAGCAAUGCUGGAGUUGGUGGUGGUGCCUCAGGCUCCAGCUGGGCAAUGACCGGGCUUGUGUCAAUUUCCGUAGCUCUUGGAAUGAUUAUGUCAUUCUAA